GUAAAGGCUUUUAUAUAUAUGCCAAGGGCUGAAAGAGACCAAGAAUUGAUCUGUGAUUCCAGUGCUCAGUAGCAACUUCAUCUAAGCAGACCCCAAACGUAAGCUGUAAAAAUCUGAUUUCAUCAUGAGUGGCUGGGAGCUAAACUCUCAUUACCAGGAUGAGUUUGGAGACCGCGACCUAUAUCAGGACCAGUAUGGUUACCAGGACCAGUACGAAGACCCCUAUAGCUACUUCGCCAACAACGACUACCAAUACAACUCACAUGGCAAUGGAAACUACCAAGGUGGAGGUCGAAACAGAUCAUCCACAUCCCGAGCCAAGGCCUCGAAUUCCAACUCGCGCGGAUCUCGUGCAGCUCGGGGAAAUAAUCCAUCUACUUCCCAGGGCAAUGAUACGCAGGCGGUCCAUUCCGGCUUUAUUGAAGUCUCCCAUGCAUCGAAGGACUCGAAAGACUCGAUCCCAUCAAAAUCCGACGGCAAAAAUAUUGUCGUAAACAUCGUGAACAUUAAUCAUGAGUAUUAAUAAUGAUUGUUUAUUUGAAUUGGUUUUAAUAAAAACAUUCAUUCAAAUGGUG